CGUCAGUGGCGUGGUGACAGCGACGGGGACGUUCCCGUGGCACCUGGUCAUGCCAACGUGGUAGGGAAACGGCCUUGUUGCAGUGGCCCAGCACAUGCGUUGACAUGACAUCAGCAACGUGGCGCGGACUGUGAUGUCACCGUGCCAUACGUCAACGUGACAUCCGUGACCGCCUCCCUAUGACGUAAUCAUGUCACGGGCCAACGUAUCGGCGGGCUGUUAUCGGUCCCUGAGGCCCCCCCGCCACGUAGCGUGGUGGGAGGCUGUGAUAUUACCGCCCCUCGCACGGCAAGUCGCAUUGACGAAGGACGUGCUGGCGUGGGGGCACGUUACCCCGUGUCGCCGGGUGUUAUCAGUGUCCUCGUCGCUGUCGUCCUCCUCACGCGCGGUUGAUGUGCCGCCAGCGUUGAAGUCUCAGGAACGGCCGUGCCGGCGAACGUCGCGGCCACGAGAUCCCACCGCCAAUCUCGUCUUAACCGCAGGCAAAGAUUCAGCCAGGUUUGAUGUCCACGAGCGCAACUCUACUACAUUUUGGCCAAAGAAGUCCAUCGGGCCCGGCGUACCUGUGACGAGGCGGUCAGCGCAAUACCACGCAGUUUCCAGCCCUCCUUUGACACAGCGAUCGAAACACCUUCCCUAUCGCCGUCCACCUGGAUCUCGAACGUCUCCAAGCGUCCCGUACAACGGGCUUGUUUCCUGUCCUGAUCUGGGCGUUUCCGUUCCAGCCUUAUCGUCCUGAAACGGGACUGUCCUACACCUUGUACGGCCAGCUCCUCCUUCCAUCUUCCGGCAGGAGCGCCCACCUGGCCCACGUGCCGAGUUUUGCUACACGUAAGGAGUUCGGCAUCGGUCAGGUUUGCAGGGCAGGCCUGCUCCGACCGAUGCUUUGGCCAAGUCUUUGGGAGCAGUAGACAGGCAGUCCUCGGACUUACGAUGCAAUCGGUUCCUGAAAACGGCGUCUUCAGUUGACACGUUGCAACUCGGAACCGAUUUUCCCAUAGGAAACAAUGUUAUAAAUGGGGGAUUGGUUCCUGAACCAAGCCCUGACACCCUAUUUUCACCAAAAAUAACCAGGAAUUUUGUACUCAGUCAAUUAUAGAGGAGUAAUAUAGCUACAUUAAUAUAUUUAUAUUGUAAAUAGCAAUCAUAUUGAUUUGGAAGGACUUCUUUGAGGUGACUUGGCUGGACUUUUUGAAGGGUUCUUGGCUGGACUUUUCUUGGCUGGAGUCUUCUCUGGAAUAUCAUCCGCUUUCUUAAAGAAAGCGUCCAAGGAAGUUUGGACAGAUGUUCUCCAGGGAGAUGGGCGAUGCAGCGAACUUGUUCGCUGACGUGGCGUGGCGUCGGAUCAAGCGUUGUAAAGUCGAAACUGACGUCAGAAAGUUGAAACGGUGUCAAUUUAGAAACAUAAGUGCGAAACGUUGUAAGUCGAAACGUUGUAAGUCGAGGACCAUCUGUAUAUUGAUCGAUGUUCCAGUCAGUAUAUAAUGUUAAUACAUUAUGUUAGUUUAAUGCAUCAUCAGGUCCCAUCAGUAGACAUUAUACAUGAUACAUACAUUCUACAUUAUUACAUUAUAUAUGUAUAUAAUGUAAUAUAAUGUUAAUGAUACAUUGGAACACCACCACCAUGUCAUCCCCCCGCACCAUGAAGUAACACACCAUUGUGAAGUUAGCGAUAUGUUGUUGAUGUUGUUAUGCCGUAGCGUGACCGGUUGGCCGGAUAUCAGGAAUACAGCAGAGCUCCAGUGUGACCAUGCCACAAAGCAGCAGACCAUACACCUGUUGAGAAGUGAUAUUUAAGUUAUCCUUGCACUUCUAGGUGCCAUGGGUUGUGUAUUGUUUCAGUGCUGUAUGAUGCAGAACAGUGCAAAAAGCUCUCAAAGAGAAGGGAUUGCUCACAUGUAAGUCAGAUUAUAAAGGAAAGUAAAAAUAGGAACAAGUGGAAGUCUCAGACAGGAAGUAAAAUAUCGGUUAUGACACCUAUAUCUCAAAAGUAACUUAAUUUGCUUUUGUCUUAUCUGACUUUAACCAUUUUUGAUGUACUGGUGAAUUGCCCGUCGAGAAUGACGGAUGGAUUUCAAAUAAAAACACAUAGAUUUUACUUUUUAUAUUUAUUAAAUAAAUUAAAUAUUUAUAAAACUUAAAUAAAAUAGGCUGAACAUUUGAAGAUACCAAUCCCUUCCUGCACUUGCUGGAGGUGUACUCACUUAUGCUGCCACCGCUUGAGCACCUCUUUGCUGGGCAAGGGCAAGGGCAGGUGAGUUUCGUGCCUCGCAAGAGCUGCCCACACCCUGGUGCUGGCUCCAUGCUGCCCCCGGGUGCCUCCUUCCCUGCUUGGGGCUCAGGACAGGGCUGCUGCUGCUUCCCCACUGCCUUGCACCUCUGCCCGGCUCCUGCUUUUCCUCAGCUGGCCCCUUCCUCAGCUGUCCCUACCUCGCCAGGCUCCUGGCACCCUCCCAGGAGGAGCUCAGUAGAAACAGCCCUGGCCCCUGACUUUUUUCCCAAUUCUGGAAGUUGGGAUCGUCCUGACGUGGUCACUAAACAAAUGCUAAGGUUUAGCAAAGAAAUUUCUCUGAAGACACAAAUGUUCUCUCUCUCACAGUUUUCAAGCUAUUCACAUUUAAAGAGUGUUAUGAACAGGCAGACACACAGACAGAUGGACUAAGCCCUUUAUAUAUAUAGAGACAUUAGCCCUCUUGAGUUUGCUGGAUUGUAAGUUAGGCCUUGAAUAUAACAAAUCGAGUUUUACUCAUUGGCUUGUAGCAUGCUUGUUUCCACCCAGCAGUGAUACCAGCACCAUUUCGGUACAGGGCGUGGACAAUACACAAUAGCAUGGUCAUCUGAAUCCAUGCCAUUUUGACCACGCAGAAUUGCAACUCCACUGGUGCUGGGUUUUUGGUUGUAGCCAUGUUGGUCUAAGAAGAGACACUCGAUGCUGUUUUACAUUGGUGCAACUUCAUGUUUUGAACUGAAGCACUGAUACAAGGAUAAAGUUGUAUAAGUUUAUAGCAUCAUCAUUCCCUGUGAUAUAAGGAUGUUCCCAUAUGACAGGAUGAACGGGUGAUGUAUUGAUGGUACAGUAUGGUGCUAUUAAAACAACAUGACUUUCCAUGCAGCAGAGUGAAGCACUGAUGGGACCUUAUGAUGCAUUGGUUCAACAUUGUACUGCUUUGACAAUGUUGUAUUAUCCUAACAGUGAUAUUGUGAUAUCUUGACACAAUGCAGUAUUUUUAAGGUGAGAAAUGCAGGUUAAGAACUGGAAGACUAAGACUACAACUUACAGAAGAGCUGAGCAGAGGGAUUCAGAACAGCACCUGGCCAGAGUACACAUACUGUGCAGGGACAGCUGUGCUAGCUUACUAAAGAAAGGACUUUAACUAAAGAAAGGAGCAGCAGCUGCAUAGCAGAGUGAAUAUCAUUGGAUUAACUGAUUUAGCUGGAGUAUUAUGGAAUGGAACCAUGCUCAAUUCUUCCCUUACUUCCUGCUUAUUUAUUGAGUGUCCUUUUCCUCAGUUUGUUUGAGAUGCAGGUAAAGACAGCAGCAAAUUUGCACCUGGAGGAAGCUGUCCAUUGAACUGAGCCUUUACAAAAGGCUGGCCACAGUAAGCACAUAGUAAGAAGACAUCAUGGCCCAAAGUAAGGAAAGAAGGAGAAGAGGUGGUGGGCAAAGGCUAGAACUGUAAAACCAGCUCACUGGGCAGUAUCUUGUGUAAUCAGAAGUUUUCAGUUGUUUUGGCUCUUUUGGCCCUUUCCCAACCAUUACAACUUUUGGCCCUUUUGGCCCUUUCUCAACCAUUGCAACUAAAGCAACAGAAGCACAACAUGGAAAAAAGAAUUUGCCUGGAAAAUGAUGAGUCCAGUCUUAUAAGAUGCUGAAUACUUUGUGCUCCCAGGGCCCCCAGGAGGAACUGAGAGCGCUCAGCCUAAUACAGUCCAGGCCAAAAAGACCUAAAAAUAAAGUAUGGGAAACAUGCAAUUUCACAAGAUUGUCCAGCAAGCUUUCUUUGUGCUUAGACCAGCCAUCCAUGUUACCAUGGUUCUGAGGACGAUGUCAUUAACGUAUUCUGACCACUUCCUGUUACAGCUUCCAAGACAAGUCAGUGUCAACAAUAGGUUACCAAGGCACUACGUUGCAUCUUAACCUCUUUAAUCCCCUGUCCUAUGAGAAGGAACACUACUGUCCUCUGCUUUAAUCAACUAAACUGAAUGGGAUUUUCAUUUCUUUCUUUUUCGUGGCUUUAUUUGCAUAAAAGCCCUCUAGAUGCCAACCCCAACCAAGAACAAGAUUACAAGGAGCACGACGAGGAUGCUGACGGCUUUUAUGGAGUUGUAGGGCAAAUCCUGCUUUCCUAUUGCAUUGGGAUUGUGGUUAUAACUCUCAUCUACCGUGUUUAUAUUUGGAUUAGCGAGAGAAAUGAAGAUGAAGAACUGUCUUCUGACAAGUGGACUAGCAACCCAGAUGUUCCCAGGGAAUCCAGCUGUAUGCGUCACUGCAAGUUCAGCCUCUGGGACUUUGUCAGCAAGUUUUUCAGCUGGAAGAACAAAAAGCCUGCCCUGUUUUCAGAGGUACCUACAGCCGGGUACCCCUUAGAAGGGAGGCCAGAGAGGUUUUUCACAAAGCUCAGCCAGCUGAACAUCCCUGACAGCCACUCCUCGGACACAGACAGCGAGGACUGGAACUCAGGUGCAUCCUCCUGGAAGGAGAGUGAGACGGAAAACAUCCCCAGCACCGACAGCCGUCGGCAGAAAAAGACAGGGCAGAAGCAAAGGAAUGUGGGGGACCCUUGGAUCAGGGAACAGCCCUGUCUUCACUGCAAAGCCAAGAGGACAAGGCAAUGGCUGUCCCAACAUUUCUUCCAUCCUGUCUCAUCUCUUCCUGGGAAGGGUAACCCACGAGAAGAGAACUGCUACUGGGGAAUUAGCACAUGAUAUGCUUAAUUUCUGAGUUUUAUUUGGGCCCUUACUUGAUUGAAUCCAUUAGAGGGACAGAAUCUAGGUGAAAACAUAACACUGAGGGAGUCAUUUCAAUAAAAUUUGGCUACAGACAAUAAAUGUGCCCAGCACAAUAUACUGACUGA